CGUACCUAGAGGUACCUACAGGUACCUCUCAAACGACAAGGAGAAGCAGAAUAGGUUUAACGACCCAGCAAGCCUCUCAGCCCGCCUCUCAACCCGUCAAUCCCGCCCGAAUAUCUGCUGCAGCUGUCCGACAACACGUCCGACAGCUCUAGGUGAUCUGUCUACUUAACCCAGGCGGAGCCAGAGUAUGCAGCGAAAGGCCGUCGCGGAGACAUGAAGCAUGGAGGGGAACGACGCCGAAAAAGCUGAGGCCAAGGCCUUCAUCCGAUCGCUCAUCAACAAGAACCUGCGCGUCUACACCACCGACGGCCGGCUCUUCGUCGGCACCUUCAAGUGCACAGAUACCCACGGCAACGUGGUGCUCUCGCUCACCUACGAGUACCGCCAACCGUCGGCGCAGAAGCUCGCCGAAGCCGCCGCCGCCAGCACGAGCUUCGGCGGAGGGGGCGAGGGCGGCGCUGUCAAGGCAGACAUGACGUCGCGGUACCUAGGACUCGUCGUCGUGCCCAGCGAGCAUGUCGUCAAGAUGGAGGUCGAGGAGUUCGUGAGCCAGGUUAAGAACCGCUUGCGGACAGGGGAGGGAUGUUAGGGUGACGGCAAUGAUCACGUUUAUGCAUCGGAUACGGUAGCAGGCAACCGGCGGCACGGUUACAUAUUAGAGGUGGGCGGGCUACCGAUGGAUGUGUUUUGGCACGCAGACGCUGGCGUAUGGGUGACGAGAGAGGGCUCCCCUAGCCGAUGCUCGAGGCCGAAAUCUGCGGGGGGGUAUGGACGGCCGGCAGUGCGCGUCGGGAGCAACUUUUCAUUCCGCUUCAUGUCAAAGGACUGGGGGGGGGGGAAUAGUUGGUUCUCGGAGGGAGAUAGGAUACUCAACCCCGGCACCGGGGACUUUCGAGCCUCGCUUUACCGCUCAUUCCAAAUUCGGGACGUUUAGACAACAGCAUAGCAUGCAUUAAACAGAAUGAACGGGUGCUCGUUCUCAACUAGAGACAAAACCGCCCCGAAUACGCGAAUCGCAUCCACCCGAAGCGGUUUAUUAUUUGCGUAUGGUUGCCAACUCCCGACAUUGAUUGACGAGAAGCGGAAAAGGAAUACCUACAUAUAGGACGGUAGCCUGACCGGCAGAUAGUUGCUUAGGUAGGGUGUAUGGUGUCGUGAGAGACCGCAAUUUCGCCCCUCUCUCCUCCGCAAGUGGGAAAAACAGCAGCUGGUCGGGCUCUACCCCAAUGUGGACAGGAGAGUCGUUGUCGAGCUAAGUAUGACUUGCUUACCCCGGGGGACGAGAGGGUGAGGGGAAGAUGUGGGGGAUGCCUCUAAGCACG